AUGAGCAUAGUCACCCAAAAACAGGCGGCAGUCCCUAUGUCGUUUCUUCAUGAACGCCAGUCACAGCCUCACGCAGGCUCCACAUCAAAACAACUACCUCCAUCACCACCAGAAACAGUCGAUGGCAACGAUAUCGAAUCCACUGCCUCGACAUCAACACAAGAAGACUUUCCACUCCCACCACCAGCAAAUACUCCACCUCAAGUCCUAGAGCUUGACAAAUCCACUCCAGAUGCGCAUGUCCCGCGAGAUCCGAGGUUGAUUCGGCUGACGGGUGUGCAUCCGUUCAAUGUCGAAGCACCGUUGACUGAUUUGUUCAACGAGGGCUUUCUUACUAGCCCCGAGCUUUUUUACGUUAGAAACCAUGGAGCAGUACCGGAAGUUCAAGAUGACGAAUGCUUGGACUGGGAGUUCUCAGUAGAGGGCAUGGUUGAAAACCCCCUCAAGAUUACUCUACGACAACUACUGGAAGAGUACGAGAAUGUGACAUAUCCUAUUACAUUGGUCUGUGCUGGCAACAGACGAAAAGAACAAAAUGUUGUGAGAAAGAGCAAGGGCUUCUCGUGGGGUCCAGCUGGAGUUUCCACUGCACUCUUCACUGGUGUGGUGAUGAAGGACAUUAUUGAACGAGCGAAGCCACUACGGAAGGCCAAGUACGUUUGCAUGGAGGGAGCUGACAAGCUUCCUAAUGGGUACUACGGUACUUCUGUAAAACUCAAUUGGGUCAUGGAUCCUAAUCGAGGCAUUAUGCUAGCACACAAGAUGAACGGCGAGAUGCUAAGACCCGAUCACGGCAAACCAUUGCGAGCUGUGAUACCUGGCCAAAUUGGAGGCAGAAGUGUCAAGUGGCUAAAAAAGUUGAUUGUCACCUCUGAGCCUAGUGACAACUGGUACCACAUCUACGACAACAGAGUACUGCCCACCAUAGUCGACCCUGAUGAAGCGGCAAAUAACACCAAAUGGUGGACGGAUGAGCGAUAUGCCAUUUAUGAUCUUUCGCCCAAUUCAGCCAUCGCGUUCCCCCAGCACGGAGAAACAUUAGGCCUUUCUUCGAGUCAAACUUCCUACAAUGUACGUGGCUAUGCCUAUAGUGGUGGUGGCCGGCGCGUAACACGGUGCGAACUGUCCUUGGAUCAAGGAAAAUCGUGGAGACUCGCAAAUAUCGACUAUCCAGAAGACAAGUACCGCGCUUUCGACAAUCGACAGUUGUACGGUGCAAGGCUGGACAUGGACUGGCGUGAAACAAGCUUUUGCUGGUGUUUUUGGAAUAUUGAAAUCUCAACCGAGGAACUCAAACGAGCAGAUGACAUUGUAGUCAGAAUCAUGGAUGAAGCCAUGUGCGUGCAGCCAAAAGACAUGUACUGGAGUGUCCUGGGUAUGAUGAACAAUCCCUGGUUUCGAAUCGUGAUCCACAAGGAAAACGGCACACUGCGGUUCGAACAUCCUACCCAACCUGCUCUGAUGCCUGGCGGUUGGAUGGAGCGCGUCAAGAAGGCUGGUGGCAAUCUUUCCAACGGCCAUUGGGGAGAGAAGGUAGGCAACGAAGAGCCAGACCAUGCCCAAAUCGAACAGGUCAAAGAUAUUAAAAUGACUAAAGAUGGGGUUAACAAAGUCAUUGGCAUUGACGAGCUACGAGAGCACGACAAGGCAGACACCCCAUGGUUCGUUUUGAACGGAGAAGUGUACGAUGGCACCGCAUUUCUGGAAGGGCAUCCUGGCGGUGCACAAAGCAUUGUGAGCGCCGCAGCAACGGAUGCUACUGACGAGUUCAUGGCGAUUCAUAGCGAAACAGCAAAAAAGAUGAUGCCAGAUUAUCACAUUGGCACCUUGGACGAAGCCUCUCAGAAGGCUCUCGCACAAGGCCAGGUGACUACAGAAUCCACUGAGCCACGACCCGUCUUUCUUCACCCUCGCGAAUGGCGCCAAGCUCAUCUCCAAUCAAAAAAGAAGGUCUCAUCAGACACGCACAUCUUCCGCUUCAAACUCGAUCACGACGACCAAAUCCUCGGCCUACCCACCGGCCAGCACCUCAUGCUUCGACUUCGCGACCCAGUCACCCGCGAGGCUAUCAUCCGCUCCUACACCCCGAUAUCCCAAACCAACCAAAAAGGCUACUGUGACAUUCUCAUCAAAGUAUACGCCGACACACCUUCCCGCGCCGGCGGUAAAAUGACAAAAGCACUUGACGCCAUCCCCCUCGGCCACAGCCUCGACGUCAAAGGACCCAUCGGCAAAUUCGAAUACCUCGGCCGCGGCCUCUGCAGCAUCAACGGCAAGCAAACGAAGCAGAUAAAACGCUUCUACAUGAUCUGUGGUGGAAGCGGUAUCACGCCCAUUUACCAAGUCCUACGCGCAGUCAUGCAGGACAAGGAAGAUGCGACACGGUGUACUGUUUUGUAUGGAAACCGCAAUGUCGAGGAUAUACUUUGCAGAGAGGAUUUAGAUACUUUUGUGAAGGGGGAUAGGGAUCGAUGCAGGAUUUUGCAUACGUUGACGCAGGGAGGUGAGAGCUGGGAUGGACGGAGAGGACGGAUUGGAGAGGCGAUGCUCAAGGAGGAGUGUGUGAGGGGGGAGGGAGAGAGUAUGGUGCUGGUUUGUGGACCGGAAGCGCUGGAGAAGGCGACUUGUGAGGUACUGGGGAAGUUGGGGUGGGCAGAAGAUGAGAUUUUGGUGUUUUAG